GCUGCACAGAGCGGAGAAACAGAGCAGCACAACACCAGAGCACAGAGGAGCAGGGGAUUGUUCAGGAUUUCGAGGUUCACUGCAUCUUUUAAAAAUGUCUAAUGAAGCAUCAGUGAAGAGCCGUGACUGAGUGAUUUUGCUGAUCCGUGCCUUCUGUCGGCAGCGCACUCAUAUAGGGAGGAAUCUUGGCUCCUGCAGUCAUUUCCCCUGCAGAGCUGAGCUCUUUGGCUGCCUCGCCACUUCCUUAGCAGAGGGGCUGCUGGCAGGGGCAACAACAAUCGGAGCAGGUCAUGAAGCCCCAGGAGGCAGAGCUUGUCACCGAAAUCUCCAAGUUACAAUGCAUGGUGUCAGAGCUGAAGACGGGUUUCACCAGUGCUCUGCUGGAGCUCAGUCAGAUCCAACAUGGAGACACGUUCCUGAGGGAGGAGCUAGAGCAGAACAGGAGGAGCUGCCAGAAGAAAGCUCUGCGCCUCGAGGCUCUGGUGGAGUCGCUGAGGGAGGAGCUGAGUGUGAUGCAGCGUCAGAUUCUGCAGCUGCACAGUCACGGUCAAAGAUCUCAGCAGGAAGUGAAGAGCACCACAUCCAAACAGAAAGAACGCAACAGUGAUGCAGCAGAGGCGUGUGGUGGGUGGAGUCAGUGUGAAUGUUCGUCUGCUCCGCCCGCCUGCUUGUCCAGAGGGAAACUGCUGCUGCACUGUUUCCUGCAGGGACUCAAAGCAGGACUGAGUGAAGGCACAGAUGCGCGACACCAGGUGGCGCUGCAGCUUUUACACUCAGAGUGGGAGUAUGUUUCCACCUUAAAUCAGCUGUACGACCAGUACAAGACUCCGCCCACUCACCAGAUGGCCGUGGAGCCGUAUCAGACUUAUCUCAGGUUUGUGGAGCAGCUGUUACAGCGACACCUGCUGUUCAGAAACACGCUGCAGGAGCGACUCUCUGCUGAACACUGGAAGUCUCUGGUUGGAGACAUCCUGGUGCAGCUGAUCGGACAAAAUGAUACGGCGUUUUCAGACAUGUACACUGGAUACACGACCACGCUGGCGUCCUUCCUCUCGCUGGAGUUCAGCAGACUGAAUCGUCCAGAGAAAGGACAGAAAGCACAGAGCGGUCACGUGGACAGAGAGGAAAUGAAGCUGCUCUCUCUGCUGCUGGCGCCCGUUUCUCGCAUUCACAGUUACCUGAACCACAUUCAGAACUUGUUGCAGUGGACGAGCAAAGAGCAUCCUGACUGCAGCCUCCUGCUCGGCACCGAGCGCGCGCUCAGAGCCAUUCUGUCUCGAUGUCAUGUGAUUCUGGAGGAGGACGUGCGGUGGGAGGACGCUGAAGCUGCGGGGCAAAGCAGCAGCUGUUGCUCUGAGGCUGCAGCUGCUUCAACAUCUGCAAACUGUUGCACAAGAAACCAGCAGAGCAGGAGCAGGGAGGAGUCAAACCCUGCUACUCAUAUAGACGAGCAGCAGGCCCCUCACCUCACCAACGGGAUGGACGUCCAUCACUCCAUGCGCCUCGAGUGCUGGUCCUGCAGCCCGGUGAGGAGGAAGAGCAGUGGACGAGACCGCACGUCCCUGAAACAGAAGGCCUUUCACUGUGGACACGCUUACUGCUCCCUCCUCACGCCGGACCCCGCGGGAUGGGCAGAGAACAGCGACUCGGGUCAGGGGACCUUCAGUCAGCCCACGGUGAAGAGCAGCAACGAGCUGGACGCGCCUUCUGGAAACCACGACCUCCAGGACUGUGAGACUGACCCCGACGACACCUCGGCCUUCGACUACUCCUCUGUGACGUCCUGCAGUCCUGACGGCACGCUGCGCAGGGACGUGACGGGCAGCAACAGCGGUGAGGACGAGGAGGAGGACGAGGAGGAGGAGGAGGAGGAGGAGGAGGAGGAGGAUAGUCAGGUGCCGGUGCUGUUGAAGCCUUCGUACAGUCAGAAACAACAGCAGCAACAGUCGCCGUCGUCAUCCGCGUCCAGGGAGAGAACUGUGUGUCUGAGGUGGCAGAUUCCCAGACUGACCCCUCACCCUCCUCUGAGAAACACAGCGGGGUCAUGUGUGGACGCACCCAAGCCGUGUCUCAUCAGCUCCCACGGACAGCGGCUGGUCAGUGUCAGGAAAGGCUCACCGCCUCUUCAUCCGAAAAGUGCCUUCAGGCCAAUCUGGGACGACCCGUCCAAACAGGGAUCUCAGCAGCUGGACUCGGCUCCAGAGAAAGAGAAGAGACAAGGCUUCGUGCCGAUCCAGGCUCCGGCGAGGCAGAGGUUCCAGGGUUUCAACCUCAGGUCGGGUUUGGCUCAGCAGCGCGGAAACCACACGGCAGCGGCGGCGACAAGCGGCGGAGGAUUGUGGGACGACAGCGAGGACAGCGAGGGGCCCUGCAGCAACGUUUGACCUCCACUGUCAAUGUGUCCCCGUCGUCCCCGCACAGAGACACGAGGACUUUGACUUACGAACUGUUAAACACACAACUGUGACGUCACAAACAAAAGUCACGACGGAAACAAAGAUGCAUGAACGAUGACAAACUGGAAACAGGUUCAUCUGGAUUACACUUGGACAUGUACUGUACAAUUAAAAAAUGUAUGGUAGUUUUGUGUCAACUAAGGCGAAAAUAAAGGAAUAAAGAACACAAAUUUAAUAUGCCUUUUAAACACAGAUGAGCCUAAAUUAUGAAACAGUAAUUUGCAGAAUUUGAUCAAAAAAAUCCCACAUUUUAUUAUACUUCAGACCAUAUUUUAUGAAGUAGAGCUGAGAAGGUAAUAUCGAUGCAUCUGAAGUGAUUCUUUAUUGAAAUUACUUUCAAUAAAGUAAGUUGCAUUCUGCAGUUUCACCAUUAGAUGUCACUAACAAUUACACACUGGACCUUAAAAAGAAAAUCAGAUUCUGUGAGUAUGCCAUUUAAUCCUCCAAAUCUGACAGUUUAUCCUAUAAUCCAAGUGAACAGCUGUGAUAACACUUGAAAGGAUUCUCGAGGCGCUCCCUGAUGACAGUUCGGAGAUAUCACGUGUAGCAUGAAAACUCAAAAGAGGUUAAGUUUGUCCUUUGUGGGCUACCGUAGAAACAUGAUGGCCCAAAAUUGCUGCCUCAUUCUACGGUGAAUGAAAAACAACAAAUUACAUAUACAGUCACGUGAUUGUACGCUUGUGUAGAAUUUCACUUACAUUUUACGCACUGGACCUUUAACCCUAGUGGCUAGUCGUGUCAAAAUGUGAACGGACGAUGAACGGAAGACAAAAGACAAGCAGUUAAUCUGAGAGUCCAAGAGAACGUUUUUCCUGUAAGAUUUCACGUUCAAAAUGUCAAAACUGUCCCUUUAACUCUUCAGUCUGCAGACAAAUAAAAACAAGACAGAGGAGUGUUUCAGUACAAAAUAAGACUGGGUGAUUUAUUAAUCUCAUCAAGACCAUUAAUACAAAGCAGUUAAAAGGCCACAUACCAUCAAAUAAACCGACUGCUGGAUCAAGCUGUUACAGUGCCACCGGAGGGAAAACCUAAUCUGUUAAUCUGCUGGGGCUGAUGGGGGAAGCGCUGGGGGGCGGGGUCUUUGAAAAAUGAUCGACAAAAGAGGAAGAACACAAAAACAAAAAGUCACCCCGCCCCCCCAACAAUACUGACAUGGGAAAUGGACAGAACAAAAAAAAAAAAAAAUCCCCCAUAAUUCCUCUUUAAAAUCUGGACGUCUCAGUUUAUUCAGGAGGAAAAGUGAGGAGACGACUUUAAAUGAAAUUCUGCUGAGAUCCAGCUCGUGGUUAGUUUUCUUUUUAAGCUGCGUCUUUUACAAAAACACGUCUUGGGGGUUUUAAAAGUGAGCCGGUCGACUGUGUUCUGCCCUGAUCCGCGUAGAAAGCGAGUUGAGCGGCUGCAUAGGGUCACUGCGUUUACAAACACGACCUAUAACAACCGCGGCUCGUCAACAGUACAGCCUAAAGUGCACAAAGUGUGUUUCUCGGAAAAAAAACAAAACAAA